GCGGGUCAUCCUUGGAAGUGGGUGGAGGCACGGCGUCAUUGGGGAUGCACCUUUUCCAUUACCUUGGGACCUUAAAUAUCGCGGGAAGCUACCAGUGGACAUGACAGAUGCUUUAGCACAGACACGAAGCUCGGGACGAGAUGGGAAUUGCGUUCUUCCUCCUUCAAUAAUUUUUGACUUUUCCAUUUCACAGUAUCUCGCACAAUGGGUAACUUCACGACGUUACUAUUGGUGCUUCUGGUGCUGAGCUUUGGAGCUCAAUCCCAGACCGACUUCUCAGUUACUACAACCUCAAAUUAUGCUUGGAAUCAGACUGAGUGGUCUUUGACUACUACAAAGUUCGUUCCGGGACAGUACCAAUCUCGCAUGUCUCUUGCCAAUGGAUACACUGGAACUUCUCUUUCUGCCGCAGGACCUUUCUACGAAACGGACGUCAACCAGACCGAUGCAAGCGGUACUCAACCUACAAAUGGCUGGCCCUUGUUCGACACCAGAAUUGCUUUCUCGACCAUCUCAGGCUUCUAUGACGUUCAACAAAAUGGCAGUGGAACAAACUACCCUUGGCUGAAUCAGUAUGGUUGGGAGUCGUUCAUCAGUGGUAUUCCGCACCCGACUGCAAUUGUUUUUGCUUUUGGGGACAACUAUCUGGAUGCAACAGUCAAGAACACCACACUCUCCGACUUCCAGUCAAAGAUCUCUUUCAAGACUGGGGUUGGCGAGUGGUCUUAUACUUGGAGCCCACCAAACUCUGCCGCCACUUUCAAUGUUUCUUACACCGCAUUCUUCAGCAGAGCGAGGCCGAACGUGCUUGCUGUUAAAGCUAGCAUCACGCCCUCCAAUGACAUCAGCGGUACCAUCACCGAUUUACUGGAUGGCCGGAGCGCUGCCAGAUCCUAUCUGAAUACCAAGGGAAUGGAUACAAAUGGCAGCACUAUCUACACCUCCGUACAUCCCAAUGGACUUGCGAAUAUCACGGGAUAUGUCAUUUCUGGAGCCAACUUCUCAAAUGCCUACACGAAUGCAUCGUCUAGAGCUGCUGGGAGUGGACCGUAUGUUCCCCAGAACGACACUACAAUUUCCCAGUCAUUCAAAAUCAACCUCAAGAAGGACAAGACAGCUACCUUUUACAAAUAUGUGGGGAUUGCAUCCAACGAUAAAUUCCCCGAUGCAGAGUCAACUGCUCGCGGGGCCCAAGAGACCGCUCAAUUAAAUGGCUGGGACACAUUAUUCAACGAACAUGUGACUGAAUGGUCCAAAAUCUUGACAGCAGAUUCAGUGGACGACUUCACUGAUCCUGCCACCGGCGAGCUUCCUGAUGAUGUGAACACCAAGAUCCUGCAAAUUGCAUCAGUGGCCAACACCUACUACCUCCUCCAGAGUCUUCAGCCCGAUGGAAGCGGGUUGAACGACAACAGUAUUUCUGUCGGUGGUUUGGUCUCCGACUCUUAUGCUGGACUUGUAUUCUGGGAUGCCGAUUACUGGAUGGCUCCCGGCCUGAAUCUUGCCUUCCCGGGCUGGAGCAAGCAGAUUAGUAAUUUCCGCAUUAAACAACAUCCGCAGGCUUUGGAGAAUGCCAAGUUCAAUGGGUAUCCGGAGGGGAGCGCACUCUACUCUUGGACGACGGGGAGAUAUGGAAAUUGCACCGGAACAGGGCCUUGUGUUGACUAUGAAUACCAUCUCAACUACGACAUUUCCUUCAACCUCUUCCAGCAAUACAACAUCACCAAUAACAAGACUUGGUUCGACAAUGGACCGAGACAGGUUAUUGAAUCUGCAGCAAACAUGACAGGAAACCUUCUCAAGUAUAAUGAGACGACGAAGACAUUUUGGCUUCGCAACAUGACUGAUCCAGAUGAAUAUGCCAAUAACGUUGACAACGGCGCUUUCACAAUCGCUAGCGCGGCCGAGCUGCUGAGGCUUGCCAACAAUCUGAGAUUAGAUCAAGGCCUUCCAAUCAACGAUACUUGGCAGACACAAUGGCAGAAUAUUGCUUACCCAAGUGCUCCGUCGAACAUCACCCUGGAAUAUCAGACGAUGAAUAACAGUGUUGCCGUCAAACAAGCUGAUGUAGUGUUGUUGACGUAUCCGCUUGAUUACGGCGAGGACUACAGCGCUGGUGACAAGCUGCUCGACUUGGAUUAUUAUGCCAACAAGCAGUCUCCUAACGGACCUGCUAUGACUUACUCAGUUUUUGCAGUGGAUGCCAAUGCAUUAUCCCCAAGCGGCUGCUCCGCUUACACCUACACGCUGAAUGGCUUCUUGCCGUAUCUUCGUGCACCUUGGUUCCAGUUCUCUGAGCAAGCCGUUGAUGAUGUUGCUCUGAACGGAAACACCAAUCCCGCCUUCCCAUUCCUUACAGGCCAUGGAGGUGCAAACCAAGUUGUACCGUUCGGAUUUUUGGGUAUUCGAACCGAUCAACCAGUUCUGUAUCUCGACCCCUCCCUGCCUCCCCAAAUAUCCCACGUGAAAGUCCGUACUUUCUACUAUGCAGGCGCCACUCUUUCUGCCUCUAUGAACACAACCCACACGACUCUCACGCGCCUAUCUACACCUGCCUCAGCAGGCGUGAUCGAUCUCUACGGAAACACCGCUCUCCCCUUCUUCGUGGGAACGCCAGGCUCACAAACCACGGACUACAAUCUUGCCAUCAACCAAACAGUCACCGUAUCCAAUCGCCUAUAUUGGCAAAACCUAACCCACGCCUCCAACCUCCUCCAAUGCCUUCCCGUAACAAGCGAAGACGCAUACGCACCCGGCCAAUUCGCCCAAGCAGCCAUCGACGGCGCGACCUCCACGCGCUGGCAGCCAGCAAGCAACGAGUCUGCCUCGCUGCUCGUCAACAUGACCACCGUCCCUUCUCAUCCAGUUUCAGGAAUCUUCUUUGAUUGGGGUGGUCGCCCACCAAAGAAUGUCAUUGUUGAAUUUGGCAACAGCACGGAUGGGGAGAGCCUUUUUGGGACUGGGAUUGUGAUUGAGAUUGACGGCAUUACACCUGAUGUGCCCUAUGAUGCUGCGGCUUAUGCUGCCAGUAGUCAGCAGGUGGUGCCUGUAACGGGGAAUACCACCACCGUUGAUGUUGAGGGUGGUGCGUGGAGCGGGGAUUAUGUGAAGCUGAUUGUGGAGGGAUGCUGGGAGGAUGAUGGGGAGGGUGCAACAGUGGGAGAAUUCGUACUUAUUGGUGCCUCGUGAUAUCUGGGAUGAGGUGGUUUGAUUUGGAACUUU